GAACCGGAUUUUUGACGGCAGACAUGUUAUACUUGUAGUUGUAUAAGUGUUUUAAAGGCAGCUCUGUAUAUGGUAUGUGUUAUGUUACAGCCAAAGGAAUAGACAUCGACGUCAUUGCAGAACUCACUACCAACGAUAUUGAUCAUUUAAUUUCUGCAGAACAAUUCGGUCUACGAAUUAAAUUUAGAAAAAAACUUUUUGUGUGGAAACAACUCAACGGAUUAACAACACCCCUGGCAAGUACAAUUACUGCAUCGAAUUCAUCAUCAUCAACAGUAAAUAAUUGGAUAAAUGCUAAUAUAAUAGAUACAGAUGAAAAUGGUAAUCCUGAAAAUCAACGGAUCUUUAAGUUAGAAAAUCUCUUAUUAAAAUCGGUAAGUGGUCAGUUAAUUUUAUCAGAAUAUAAAGAUAGUGGAUUAAGUUCGAAAAAUCGAAAUAUCCUUACCACGAUAAUCGUGGAGGAUUGGUUAGCCAGUGACAUAUCUGUAGAUCGCCAAUUGUGCCAAAAUGUUGCAAAGGAAAUAAAAAACCUAUUCCCAUUAGAAUAUGAGGUAACGUAUUUGGGUACCAAAAAACAACGGGGAAAACUAAUAGAAAAAUAUUAUUCCCUUCGAAAGAAGUAUAAGCAUUCACUUUCUAUCGGACAGAAAAGAAAAAUAGGAAACGUUACUGAUGCCUCUAACGAAGCAGAUAUUGUUGAAGAGAUGUUUGACAUAAAUACAUUUAGCGAUUAUGAAUGGUUAAAAAACAACUACUCCCCAAACGAUAUAGUGUUUGAAAAGUGGAAAAGCACGUUUAAUGUUCGACAAAAAGACGUUCGUGACAAAUCAAUAGAUGUUUUUACAAAAUGGCCUAUUUUAAAACAAAACAUUGCUGUAGCACUGAUUGAAUUAGAUUUUGAAAAAUUGCAUCCAAAGCGAAACACACUAUUAUUUUCCAAGUGGACGAUAUUUGAAGCCCUUAUAAAAAAUAUAUACCAUAGAGAUAUAAAAGAUAAAAAAUCUCGCACACUUUUCAAUUUAUUACAGUCAUCUAACUUAAAUGAAGGUUUGUUUUGUAUUUUUUGA